AUGGAGGCGGUCGGCGCAGCUGCCAACAUCAUCGCAGUCGUCCAACUCGCGUCCAAAAUCGCCUCGAUAUUGUUUCAGUACUCCAAGGACGUCAAGAAUGCCCGCGAAGAUGUGGAGCGACUCACUCAGGCGGUGACGCACUUGCGAACGGCCGCCCAAGGUGUUAAAAACCUGUUGGAGUGCCAGAAUGGGGAGAGAUUGAGAACGUCUCAAGACUUGGCUGUCGUUACGAAACAAGCCGAGGAGCAGCUGCAGAAGCUAGAUACGCGACUCGAGCCAAGCUCCAGACGCCAGACAAUGAAACGGUUCGGCUUCCGCGCCUUGAAAUGGCCGUUUCAAAGCAGCGAGGCACAAAAGCUCGUGUCGGAUAUUGAAAGAUGCACGCAGACUAUGAAUCUUGCGUUGCAAAUUGACCAAACGUCAGUGCUUGUAUUUUCCCCGUCUGAAAUUGACAGGCGCUUACUUACUAAAACUUACACAACAGUGAGAUUAUUCUGAAUGUCGAACAGAGAGUACUACUUGACAAGCUCCCAGUGGCAUCCGGCGCUGCGUUUGAUUCCUACGAGGAAGGACGGAAUCCGACAUGUCUACCCAACACUAGAGUGGACCUACUUCAGCAACUAUCAGCGUGGGUAGAUGACUCAGAAUCAGAGGCGAUAUUUUGGCUCAAUGGCAUGGCAGGAACGGGAAAGUCUACAAUAUCUCGUACCAUAGCUAGAGACCUGACCAGAAAGGGCCGGUUAGGAGCCAGCUUCUUCUUCAAAAGAGGUGAAGGUGACCGAGGAAAGAUGGCUCGGUUCAUGACAUCAAUCGCUGCCGAUAUUGUAGCCAGAGAACCAGCAAUGUCACACCACGUGCAAAGGACGCUAGAGGAAGAUCCUGGAAUAGCGAAGAAGACCCUGAGGGAACAAUUCGACAAACUUAUCUUCCAACCAUUUUCAAAAAUUUCGAAUCGGACUGGCGAGCCCAUUGUUCUGGUCGUUGAUGCUUUGGACGAGUGUGAGAACGAUGAUGAUGUUCGCACCAUGGUCGAAUUAUUUUCCACAGCAAAGAAGUUGCAAAAUUUACGCCUCAAAACAUUUUUCACAAGCCGGCCGGAGCUACCAAUCCGAUUAGGCUUCCACGCGAUCAAGGGCAAUUACCAAGAUCUGAUUUUGCAUGACAUAUCGCUGUCUAUUAUCGAGCACGACUUGCAGGUUUUUCUCGAAUACAAAAUCUCGGAAAUUCGCAAUGAUUAUAAUGCGACCGUGCCAAAAGACAGACAGCUUACCCAGGAUUGGCCGGGCGAAUCGAAAAUCACAUCCUUGGUCCAUAUGGCUGUACCGCUUUUCAUUUUUGCCGCCACCACUUGUCGGUUCCUUGCCGACAGAAAGUGCGGUAGUCCUGGUAUCCAACUGGAGACCGUUCUUGAAUAUCAGACGAAAAGCCAGGAAUCCAAACUCGAUGCAACAUACUUGCCUGUUUUAGAACAGCAGCUUUCUGGUCUUUCGAACAGAGAAAAAGCUCAAGUUCUUAGCCAAUUUCAAUUGGUUAUAGGUUCCAUAAUCAUCCUGGCAAGGCCACUUUCUACCUCAGCACUAGCAAGCAUUCUCUUCAUUGAGCGGGAGACUGUUGAUGCUCGGUUGGAUUUGCUCCAUUCAGUCCUGAGCGUGCCAGCCUCGAGUGAGGAGCCGGUGAGACUCUUCCAUUUGUCCUUUCGAGACUUCUUGCUAGAUCAAGACAAGCGUGAUAAUCAUGCAUUUUGGAUUGAUGAAAAAAACGCUCAUAGGACCUUGGGAAGAAAUUGUCUUACUACAAUGGAUAAGCUCAAGGAAGACAUUUGCGACCUGAGAUUUCCAGGCACGGACGCCAGAAAUGUCAGCCCUGAUAAGCUUGCUAUAUGUCUUUCCCCUCACUUGCAGUAUGCUUGCCUAUAUUGGGUGUAUCAUAUUAGUGAAGCAGAGUUACAAGGAGAGGAUAUGGGAAGUGUCCACGAUUUCCUGAAAUCCCAUUUUCUACAUUGGAUCGAGGCGCUCAGCUUGAUGGGACAGGGUUUGGAGAGCAUUAAACUCAUAAACAAUUUGAUCUCAGUUGUUAGCGUGAGUUGUUUCGAUAUUCCCCCAUAGAAGACGCCGACUCACCUUUUGAUAGAACCAAGAUUCCCCAGAGUUGCUGGCAUUCCUCCACGACGCCCGGCGAUUUGUGCGGACAUAUUCCUUCGCCGUCGAAUCCUUCCCCCUACAGCUCUAUUCCUCUCUCCUAUUAUUCGCACCGAAGAAGAGUUUAAUUCGAGAGAUAUUUCAAAAUACCAUUCCGGAGUGGAUUGAUGCACGACCGGAGAGUGACAAUAAAUGGGGUCGGUGUUUGCAGACACUUGAGGGCCACAGUGAUAAGAUUAACACCGUUGUUUUCUCUCCCGACUCAACCUUGCUCGUCUCGGCGUCAUCAGAUCACUCUGUCCGAUUCUGGAAUCCAGAAACAGGGGAAUGUCCGUUGAUCAUACCUCACGAAGAGCCUGUUCGGGAUGCCCUCUUUACGCCAGACCCUGGUUCGAUAGCAACGGUGUCUGGUAGCAAGGUCCAGCUAUGGCAUGUGAAAACAGGGGCACGUUUACCACACGGCCAAGACUGUGGGAUUGGUGCUAAGCUCACUCUCAUGGACGGCCUGAUUAUCACUUGGAAUACAUACACUGAGGGAAGUUUUGGGAUCAAGAUUGCGGACGAACCCGAGGUUCGAACAGACUCUGGGCGCCCGAGCACUAAAGCUGUUGUAUGUCUGUCUUACGAUGCUAAGUGGCUCGCCGUGGCUGAUGAUGGUAAUAAAAUCCGAUACGUUCAUACAAAAAGUGGUCAGUGCAAGUGGGAGAUGCAGUAUAAUGACGAUAUUAUCUUAAUGGCCCUUUCUCCCGAUUCUAAAAUGCUAGCAAUAGCCUCACCAUCUGGAUUCACAACACUUUGGGACGUUGAUACAGGGGAUAGACUGCAGAUUAUCAGCUACCACGAGUGUGGUGGCGAAGUGAUAUUUUCUCACAAUUCAGAAUUGCUAGCAAUGACAUCAGGAUAUGCAGGAUAUGGGAUAAUUAAUCUUUGGCACACCCACACGGGAAAACACUUCCUGGCUCUGGAAGGGCAUAACAACUUCGUCAAUUCCAUCGCAUUUUCUCACGACUCCACCCUCCUUGCCUCGGCAUCUUUUGAUAAUACUAUUCGAGUAUGGGAUGUUUAUCCUCAAGAGGCUUCUACUCCAUUUAAGGGUAAAAUAAAAAACCCUUGCAGGAUUGCUUUUUCUGAUGACUUUAAGGUCAUUGCAUCAGGGUCGCCCGAUGGGACGAUUCGGUUAUGGGAUGCGGCCACGGGCAAGUGUUUCCAUGUGCUCGACGACCAUCCAAGGACCAAUCAUGAGUUGGCCUUCUCGCCCGAUUCACAACUCCUAGCCUCGGCGUCAUCUGACGGGACCAUUCGCGUGUGGAGUGUUCAAACAGGGGAGCGUAUUCAUGUGUUGAACGGGAGAAGUUGCCGCGCAGCGAUCAGAGUUGCGUUCUCACCUGACUCUGCUCUCAUCGCGUCUGGUCAUAUAAGUGGAAAGGUGCAACUGUGGGAUGUUUCCACGGGCCAGUGUUCUGACACAGGAAUCAACCACUCUAAAAUGGUUUCCUCAGUGAAAUUCUCCGCAGACUCGAACAUCUUGGUGUCGGCAUCUUGGGAUGGGACUAUUCAGAUCUUGGGUCUUAAAUCUAACCGCUAUCACAAAACAUUGAAAUGCCACAAUUUAGCGACCUUGUCCUUCACAUUGUCGAGUGACUCUUCACAGCUGGUAACAGGGUCAGCUGAUAACACGGUGAAAUUAUGGGACGUGGAAUCCGGAAACUGCAUCCAGACCUUUCAGGGUCACAACAGUAUGAUCUAUGCAGUCGCCAUGUCCGAAGACUCCAAAUCUAUCAUAUCAGCCUCUUUUGAUGAUGGGAAAAUUCGCGCUUGGGAUGCAUCGACAGGCGAAUGCCGUCAAAUUGUUCCAAUCCCCAAGAGCUACAGAUGGACUUCAUUCGAACUACGAGUCAACAGAACUUGGAAUUUAAUCACAAAUGCUGGUAUAAUUACCAUCAACCGUCCCUUGUCAGAGGUGCAUGUUAAGCCCUUAUCAGCUCAAUUCUCCGGGCUUGGGAUUUCAAGUGACUCUAGCUGGAUUACAUUCAACGGCAAGAAGCUUCUCUGGUUGCCUGCCGAAUUCAGGCCAUCUGAAGACGGAACACUUGAAUCCCUUCCUAUCGGGAUAUCUAGUUCCACAGUAGCUAUUGGGAGUCAAUCAAGGAGAGUCACGAUUAUUGGGUUUAGACCGGAGCUAUUGGGUUUCUAG